AUGAUUUUGGCUCCAGACAAGGUUGAAAAACAAUUCAACCAACAAAUAGGACAAGGAUAUAAAUCAAAAUAUUUAUGUACUAUUACUAUAACAAAACAACGAACUUGUCAAACACGUAAAACAAAUUUUAUUAGUAAUCAAAAAAUUUCACAUUCUAAAUUGUUUCUAUGUCAAUUAUUUAGUGUUUUUAUAUUAUCAAUUAUCAAUAUUGAUUGUACAAUUGUAGUACGUUUAGAAAUGCAUGAAGAACAACAACAAAAUACAACACUUAUUGGAGUAUUAAUCAAAUAUAUUCCUAAUUAUAUUAUUGCAGAACAUAAACAUUUGUUAUUUAGACCAAUUAAUAAAGAUCAUGCAUAUUUAUUUCAUGUAACACCAGAAGAUGGUAGAAUCUAUGUAAUAAAACGAAUUGAUCGUGAAGAAUUAUGUCCAUACAAUGAAUUCAAUUAUCAUCAACAUCAUUUUGUAGAAAUAUCAUCUAAUGUACAAAUUCAACAACAAUCUACAUUAAAUAUGUACAAUGCUUCAUAUUCACAUGAUUGUCGAUUAACAUUUGGUGUAAGUUUAAUUAAAAUAAUAAAUAAUAUAAUAGAUAUCAUUGAGGUAAUUCGUGUUCAUAUAACUGUAAAUGAUAUUGAUGAUAAUUACUGUACAUUUACACCUGAUUCUAAACAGACUAUUUACUUACCUGAAGAUAUUAAACCUCAUUCUCAUAUUAACAUACCACUACAUCAACCUUUGGAUCUUGAUGCUCAUCCAAAUCAUACUGUCAGUUCCGAUAAAAUAUUUCUAUACACAAAAAAUGAAACUACUGAAAUAAAUCAAUCAGCAGUAUUUCAACCACGUGAACUUGAUUUACCAUUUAACUUAAUCAUCCUACCAACUGGAUCACUGAUUAAACCAUAUUUAUUAAAUCUUUAUAUAACAAAAGCACUAGAUUAUGAAACGUUAGCUGAAUAUCAUUUGAUAAUUGAAGCAAACAGUAAGUAUGGUAAGUCUAGUCAAAGAUGCUACCUUGAAUUGACUAUCAUGGUGCAAGAUAGAAAUGAUUAUAAGCCAUAUUUUACAACGAAUUAUACUGAAAUUAACAUCGCUGAAAAUUUCAAUACAGCGCUACCAAUAUACACAUUUUCAGCGAUUGAUUUAGACUUGGGAGAUGUAUACAGCAAAAUAAUUUACGAACUAGAUUCCAAAGCGCCAGAUUUAAUUAAAACAACCUUUUUCAUAAAUCCUAAUAAUGGUUCUGUAUAUCUUAAAAAUAAACUAAAUCACAGAUCACGUUCAAUUUAUACUAUUCCAAUUAUCGCAAGAAAUCCUUACAGUUACGAAGUGAAUGUUUCAAAAGAGUCAAUUAAAAGUCAAUCAAAUGAAGAUAACUCCAUUUCCUUCAGUCCAAAACAAAUUGAAACAGAUUCUUUUUCAACUGCAAAGUUGAUUGUAAAGGUUAUCGAUGUUAACGAUAACUCCCCUGUAAUAACAUUCCAAUCACUUGAUGGGAAUACAACAUUAAGUAUACCCGAACAUUCAAAGAAUUUACCAUUAGAUUUUGCUAUCAUUUCGGUAACCGAUGAUGAUGACGGUUUGAAUGGCAGGAUCUCAUGUUUUCUCAAAGAAAAGUACAGGGACCAGUUUAAAUUAACAUCAAUAAUUACUAACAGUAAUAUUGAGACAUUGUCUAGUGUUGCUAGUAGCGGCAUAUCUAAAAACCAUGGUGGUGAAAUGCAACUUGAAAAAAAAAUGUGGUCGCAAUCAGAAAUGAUUUAUAAACUUUCUGCAACCGUGUCGUUUGAUCGUGAACAGAUUGAUUUUAUUAAGUUGAUAGUCGAAUGCCAUGACCAUGGAAAACCAUCUCUAAUGUCAAGUAAAAUAAUACACGUUGAAAUUACUGAUAAAAAUGACCAUAAACCUAUGUUUAAUUCCAGUGAAUUACAGUUAGCAAUAAUGGAAGACAGCGAUCCAAAAAGGAAACAGAUGCAUUAUGAAGUUAUAAAACUUUUAGCUACGGAUAAUGAUACUGGGAUAAACGCUAUGAUAAAGUAUUACAUAGUAGAUGACCGUACAAUUGCUAAUCACUUCCACAUUAAUGAAUUAACUGGGCUUAUUCAAUCCAAGGGUAACUUGGAUCGAGAAAUAUGUGAUCGCUAUGAAUUUACUGUUGUUGCACGAGACUGUGGUCUACCAGCUUUAUCGAAUUCAAUCAAUAUUGAGAUUAUCAUACGUGAUUACAAUGAUGAACAGCCUACGUUCGCAAAACAAGUAUAUGAAUUUCAUAUGACUGAAAACAAUCCACCAAAUCAAUAUAUUGGAAGUAUUACUUGUUCAGAUAAUGAUCUAGGCAGUAAUGGGUUAAUUCACUUCGAAAUUGAAUCAAUGCCUUAUAAUAAAUACACUCAUCAUGGUAGCGAGUUGUCGUUACCUAUAUCUUCAUUGUCGAAAGCAACGAAUUCAGCAAAUGGAAAUCUAGUUAAUAUAUCAACUAAAUUGCAUUUACCAUUUGAGUUACUUAGUUAUUACGACACACAAAAAGGUAUUUACUUAGUAAAGAUAUAUACGAAGAGUAAAAUUGACCGCGAAAAGUUAAAAGAAAUUUCAGAAAUACGAAAAUCAUCUACAUCCUCAUCUCAAUCCUCGUUAUCAUCUACAUUAUCACACAAAUCUUAUGGAAUGAAAACUAAAACUUCAAAAGUGAUUGAUAGGACAGACAUUGUUGUAUAUAAAUUUUGGAUUGUAGGUGAAGAUCAAGGUCAACCUCAACAACGUGGACGUUCAUUAAUACACAUUAUUGUCGAAGAUGAAAAUGAUAAUGAACCAUAUUUUAUCUUACCAAAACAAGAUCACACUUUUAUUGAACUCUCAUACUUAGAAAUAAUACGAUAUCCGAUUAUUAAAUUACAUGCAAUUGAUAACGACGCAGGUAUAAAUGGCACUGUCAGGUAUGAAAUACAUCAGGUAACACGAGAAGUUAUAAAGAACAAUAACGUUAAUGAUCAAAUGAAAACUAUAAAAGAUUCAUUUGCAAUGAACCAAUCGGUUAAAAAUUAUGAAUUCCUAAAAAAUUCUUUAUUUUCAUUAAAUCCAUUGAAUGGUUUAUUACGUUUAAAUACACAGUUUUCUCUAUCAGAUCUAAACAAAACAAUAAAUAUUCAGAUAAGAGCUUAUGAUUUAGGUAUACCUAUAUCAAAAUAUUCCUACAUAACAAUUCACAUUAAGCCAGUAAACAUCACACCAUCAGAAACAAAAGGUAGUUUUGAUUACGAAUUGGAUGAUGAUUACGAUAUGGAUCAUAUGGAAAAUUGGGAAGGUAAUCAUCUUACCUAUUCAAAAUGGAGUAAUCAUAACCGUUUUUCUUUAAAUAAUUACAUAAUCUUGUCUACAGUGGUGGUAUCAAUACUACUAUCAAUUAUUUUAAUGUGUUCUGUAGCUUGUAUUAUUAAAUAUAGAAAACUUAAAAACAAUUCAGUAAUCCACAAUUCAAAAGAUACUAACGAACUCAAUGAAAUCAAAGGAGAUUAUUCUUUCAAUGAGGAAGGAUUUCAGAAUAUAAAAAUGAGUCCGAUUAGAACGAAACUUAUGCACGAUGACAAUAUUCAUAAUAUUGAUUCAUUAUUACCCAACUUAAUAAGUGAUAUCCCAAAUAAUUCAAUUACACCUUGUGACAUUACGCCUACAGUAAAUUAUGCAACAUUACAAUAUAAUACAUCACUUUCCCAAUAUGUAAAUAAUUAUUAUGAAACAGCGAAUUCCUCACUUUCUUAUUCCUCAACUACACAAGCUACUGUUCUUCCACAACCUUUAAUUGUACGUUUAGAGCCCAUUUCUACAAAUUUUUUAACUAAUAAUUGUGUACAACCAAUAAGCAUAUUGUAUUCUACAAAUUCUAAAGAACAAAUUAAUUUGAAUCCAGUAAAUCCUUUUACUUCUACAUGUUAUCCAUCCACAUCAAAUACUAAUCGUUCCAGUAAUGAUGAUAAAUUUAUUGAUGUAACUAAUGAAAAGUUUGAAGAUCUACAUGUAGUCUAUGACCAAGCUUCAAAACGAAAUAGUCUCACAUCGCUUGGUCAAGAUAGUGGAAAUGGUGACAGUCUUGAAACAACAACUAUGUCUUUUAUUCCUAUAACACAAUCGAUUUGGUUAAAUAGUGCAAUGAAUGAUAUUUAUGACAAACAACCAGUCAAUUUAUCUUUAGUUCAUGUAUAUACUCCAUUAUCUAGUGUUAAAGAAAUCGACUGUAGUAACGUAAAUAAUAAUAAUAAUAGUAAUUCCAAUAGCUUAACGAUCACCACCUCUAUAGCUACUACUACACCUGAGUACACCGUAAAGUAUAUGCAUUGA